AUGUCUAUAUAUGAGUUUGUUCGAAGUAACAUUCAAGAUAUCGAUUUCCUGGUGUUUGCUAAACAUUUCAAAUAUAAAAAAGAAGAUGAAAAGCUGGCAUGGGAUCAAUAUACAAGCGCCUUAGCAACGUUAUCUAUCAAUUCUGACAAUCUAAAGAAUCAAAUAGUCGAUACUAAUAAACAUCAUCUACAAUUUAGCAAGUUUGAUAAAGAGAACAAGCUACUAAUUUCAAAUGAAAUAUGUGGACAAACUUUGGUGGAAAGUGGCGAUGAAGAUGAGGAUAAUAAUAUAUCACCAUGUGUAGAAGCAAGCAUUAGGCGAGAAAGAAAGUAUUAUCAAGAAAAAAUAGCAGGUCCUAGUGUACCGACAGAGAUGUAUCUAGACGUAGGAUAUAAUCAUGUCCUUUGUGACAAUGAGCAUAUACCUAAAGUUGAGAAAAAUAGUCUCUCAAAUCAGAUUAACAAGAAGUCGAAUUCAUUUACAGAUGAAGAUUAUGAAUUGUUUUUGAAACAGUACAAUUCAAUGGUCAGAGAAAGUAAAUGGAGACUGAAAAGUGGAAUUUAUAUUGAAGAUAUUAUGUUUGACUUAGGAAAGCAUUGCAAGUUCUAUCACCCAUUACAUUCUUUUAUUUUUGACACUGAUGAUAGUUAUACCUGCUCGGAAUUUACCAAUGAAGAGCUGGAAGAAAUUUGUACAGAAAAUUGUAGGGACUUACCAGAUUUAAACCCCGAAUUGCUGAAAUUUAUCAGCACAUUUGUGAAAACAUCAACACGCGAAAUCCGUGAGGAGCUGAACCACUCUCAUGUUAAUCUUGGAAGCAAUUAUGAAACAAGUAUUCAUUAUUCAUAUGAUCACGUAAAAGCUACCAUUGGAGAUUGGGUUAGACUUAUUGAAAAAAGUCCAAAUCUACUGACAAUGAAUUUAUCAGAAAGCUGGUUCUGUACUAAUGUUUGGCGAGUGAUUAACAAUGCCUUUGGUAAUAUUCCUUAUGUUUUUGUAGUUGGUAGAGAAGUCGGUGGCAUUGCAACAUCAGAACGGAAGAAUAGGUAUAGGAUGAUUGACAAUGAGACACCUAUAGUACGAAAAAAAGUUGGCAAAAGAGGAGACGGAUUUGUCCGCUCUUUGGGUACGCAAAAAUUAGAAUGGGCGGCAUCUGAGGCUGGAUCUGGAUUCAGUCUUCCGCGGCAACUAAAAGAUAUAUUUAUCAAGCUAGCAAGAAAAGUUAAUUUUGAUGUAGACAAAAUCAGACAAAUCAAUGUUCCCAGGUUUAUAUAUGCUAGUUGGUUUGUUUUAUCUUCUUUUUCACAAAGUCUCUUUACUGAUGCUAUUAUAUUAUAUUAUACAUCAGGAGCAAUUCUUAUCAAAGUUAAUCUCGAUAACCCGAAAGGUUAUGUUAUGUGCUAUGUAAGGGAUACCCCAUGCGAAGUAUACGCUGAUGUCAAAGAAUUUCCAAGAUCUCUAGAUGCAUUGAUCACAAUCCUUUAUGCUAAAGAAACAGUACUGCGCACCAUGAAUGUUGUUAAAAGUGUAGAUGAACACCAUGAAGAUGAGGCUCUGAAAUGGUGGAAGUGCUUAGGAAAAGCAAAGAGAAAACUCAAUCGUAUAGAGCUUUCAGAUUGUCAUCCAACACCCAUAAAAAAUUGCAAACCUAGGAAAAUGCAGAAAAAUUCAGAACCAGACAAUGAAUAG